GUGAGAACAAAAGCACUGUACGUGUAACAGUGAAAAAUCUUCCUUUUUGGAGGUAUUAUUAGUAUAAAAAGGACACCAUGCAUGUAAGGAGGUGCAAGUGCAGUGAGAAUUUGAUUCAAUUCAAGUAAGAAUGGGGACUGAGGCGGUGGAUAUUUUCUACGAAAAUGGCUUCUCCAAGGCUUGCAAUGAAACGACAAUUAGUCAGAAUAAGAAUGGGAACCAUCAACAUCAAGAUCCUUGUUGGUAUGAGGAAAUGAUCGAUGAAAAUCUCAAAUGGUCAUUUGCUUUGAACAGAGUGCUGCAUAAAGGGACCAGCAAAUACCAGGAUAUUGCUCUUUUGGACACAAAACGUUUCGGGAAGGUAUUGGUGAUUGACGGGAAGAUGCAGAGUGCUGAAUCGGAUGAAUUUAUUUAUCAUGAAUGCUUGAUUCAUCCUCCUCUCCUAUGUCACCCAAACCCAAAAACUGUGUUCAUAAUGGGAGGUGGCGAAGGGUCUGCUGCAAGGGAAGCUCUCAAGCACAAGUCAAUUGAAAAAAUUGUCAUGUGUGAUAUCGACCAGGAAGUAGUUGAUUUCUGUCGAAGAUACCUGACAAUAAACCAAGAGGCAUUUUGUAACAAGAAGCUUCAUCUCGUUGUUAAUGACGCCAAGGCUGAAUUGGAGAAGAGGAAUGAGAAAUUUGACAUCAUUGUGGGAGAUCUAGCUGACCCUGUUGAAGGAGGGCCUUGCUAUCAGCUCUACACGAAAUCCUUCUACGAGCGAAUUCUGAAGUCUAAGCUUAAGGACAAUGGCAUUUUUGUUACCCAGGCUGGACCAGCAGGCGUUUUCAGCCACAAGGAGGUCUUUUCAUCUAUAUAUAACACGAUCAAACAGGUUUUCAAGUAUGUGCUGGCAUACACAGCUCAUGUGCCAUCUUUUGCAGAUACCUGGGGAUGGGUUAUGGCCUCGGACCAACCAUUUUCUAUCAAAGCUGAGGAAAUUGACCAGAGGAUUGACGAGAGGAUUAAUGGUGAAUUACUCUACCUAAAUGGUGAUUCACUCCUCUCCUCUGCCACAAUGAAUAAGGCAGUUUCUUUGUCGUUGUUGAAUGAAACUCACAUCUACACGGAGGAAGAUGCAAGAUUUGUUCAUGGAUAUGGUGUAGAUUAUAACCGCCAUUGAGGUCUCAGGCCUCAAUCUGUGGGUGAAUUAAUGUACAGAAAUGUGAAAUAGACCUGAAAUUAAGCUUCUAUAGGAAAUCAAUCAACCUCGGCUGUUAUUGGCUCCACUGGGGUGUUUUUUCAGGAGUUGAUACAAUAAAUUAAACUAUCCUAUAA